AUGAGAUCCAAUGUCCGGCUGUUUGGUUGCCUGCACUGCAUCCAGACGCUGCAUCCGCUCGUGCAAAACCCCCUCCCCAGCCUGGCUCCAGCGGCACGCCAGGAGUUCCCGUUUCUUCUCGGCCUGGCUGGCCGCGCACGCGAGCGGCCCGCUGUGGCGUCGCAGCCCUCUGUCGUCCCUUCUUCUUCCUCUCCUCCUUUCUUUCUCCCGGUGAGAGCAGGGUUCGUGGUCAUCUCGGUUAGGGUUCUUGAAAAAAAAGCGCAGGGGAUGGCCGAGGACAGUGUUCAAGUAAUUGGGGAGGUGCAGGAUGUGGUGGAAGUGCAUGCUGGUACUGAUCAGCGUGGUAGGGGUGCAAUGAGGUGGACUAGUGUUAUGUCUGCCUUUGUGCUCCGCCGUAUGUGCCAGCUGAUCUCAAGUGGUGUUAGAACAGACAAAGGGUUUAAGGAGGUCCACCUGAACCAAGUUGCCAAGGCUCUACAAGAGUUUAUUGGCAGUGAGGUGACCGGUACUCAGGUGUACAACCACUUACGUAAAUGGAGACAGAGGUGGAUGAGGGUGGCAAAACUAAGAGAGUUGAGUGGUGCCAAUUGGGAUGAAGACUUAUGCAUGAUAAGUCUGGAGGAUGAGCACUACAAUGGACACAUUAAGGCCCACCCUAAGGAUGCUGAGUUCUUAAACAAGCCUAUAGAGAACUAUAAGGAGAUGAUGACUAUAUUUGGGACAGGAUUAGCAACUGGGAAGUAUGCUAUGGGUUCAAAUGAAGCUUUAGGAUCUCCAUGUGAGGGUGCUACUAGCUCUGUUAAGACUGAUUCACUUGAUGAGGACAAGAGUGGUAAGUCAGUUGAUGAAGGUGCCAAAAUGUGGGGUGAGGCAACAAAGGAUAUGAAAGAAGGUAGUAGUGGUGUAGGCAAUAAGCGGAAGAGGAGUGUGCUCAGUGAUGAGGACACUCUGAUGUUGUCUAAAAUGACAGAUGCUGUCAAGGAUGUGGCAGCUGCUAUUCGUGAGACCAAAGUGGAGCUAUGGCUUGGUACGUAGUACAUGUUGGCCGUCAAACUGGUGUCUACUCUUCCUGGGAAGCUUGCCAUGCUCAAGUAAAUGGUUUCAAAGGAGCUUGCUACAAAAGAUACAAUUCAAGAGAAGAAGCGAUGACAGCUUUCAAUGGUCACGACAAUGAGGACAAACAACAGGAAGUUCUAGUACUUCUUAGGAACAAAGCUAGUGCUAUUACAAUUAAAGAUGUAAUAAUAUAUGCAGGAGGUGUUGUAAUAUUAGUGCAAGCUUUAAUCAUUACAAUUUUAGUUUCCAAAUUGAUGUAAUAAUGGUUACAUUACCUGUUUGAUCCCCUCUUGGACUGUGGGGGUAACCUUACCGAUGUAUGCAAGAGGUGACUU